AAUACAGUGAGCGCGCAUGUCAGGUUCGCUGCAGAGAUCCUGCUCCUCGGCUCUACGGAAUAAUCCUCGCGGUGCUGUUGACAACGAGAGAUGACAAACAGCUGAAUGUUAGAUAUUCACAAAGAUAACGUGCUGAUACAUAAUAUACAAAUUGGGUCGAAGCAAAUCAUCCGCUUCCUGCUGGAAGACACCGCCGCCAGUUCGAGGACAACGUUAUUGAUGGGAUCCUCAGUGGUUUCUAGAUGGAGAAAACGAGAGGGUGGACUCGCUGUAAAUAAUUAAAUAUCCAUCUGUUGUAAAAAUAAAGGGAAAAUGCAUCUGCAUCAGGUGCUGACGGGAGCUGUGAACCCAGGAGACUGCUGCUACUCCGUGGGAAGCGUCAACGACAUCCCAUUCACGGCUUACGGCUCGGGCUGUGACAUUGUCAUCUUGGCCAGUGAUUUUGAGUGUGUGCAGAUAAUCCCGGGGGCCCAACAUGGAAACAUACAGGUGGGCUGUGUGGAGUGCUCCCACCAGCUUGGCCGGAUUGCCGCCUCUUACGGGAACACGGUCUGCAUCUUUGAACCUAUUGCUACCAACCCAAACAAACGCCACAAGCAACUAAACUAUCAGUGGCAAAAGACAGGACAGUUCCUCCUAGAUGCUAUCACCUACAACCUUGCGUGGGACCCUCAAGGGAACCGCAUCCUGGCAGCCGCGGAGCGUCUGCAGCUGUGGGCGCCGCCCCUGGCAGACGCCUUGAUCGAGGAGGAGGACGGACAGACCACCGACGAUAAGGUCCACCCUGUCCUCAAUGACUGGAAGUGUAUCUGGCAGUGCAAGACUGCUGCUUCCGUGCACAUCGCCAAGUGGUCCCCUGAUGGAGAGUACUUUGCAACCGUGGGCAAGGACGACUGCCUGCUCAAGGUGUGGUACGCCUCCACGGGCUGGCGCUCGGCAGUGGUGGCCCAGGACCCGCCCGACAAGAAGGGUCCGUCCGUUCACUUCUCCUUCGUCUACCUGGCCCACCCCCGCUCCGUCACCGGCAUGUCCUGGAGGAAGACCAGCAAGUAUAUGCCUAAGGGAUCGGUGUGCAACGUGUUGCUGUCUUCCUGUGAGGAUGGCGUGUGCCGGCUGUGGUCAGAGACCCUCCUGCCAGAGGACACUCUGCUGGGGGGGCAGAUCUCUGAAAACACGCACACCUUCAGCUCCACCCAGCCUGGCAACAAGGACAAGAUCCAGCAUGCACUGGAGUCAAUCCACCACCUGAAGCAUUUGCGUCGGGGGCGGCGGAGGUCCUCCGCUCUUGUGGCGCACACGGAGCUCCCCUCCCAGAUGGGCGCUCCGGACACGCACACACACCGACACAUCGCCCACCACGCCAACGCCUUGUGUCACUUCCACAUCUCGGCCAGUAUUAAUCCCAACACAGACCUUCCGGCGGUGCUGGCCGACGCGGCGGUCUUCAACCCGGACGACGGCAGCGGCAGCGGGGGCUUUGUGGUCCACUGGCUCAACAACAAAGACCUGAGCUUCACCUCCUCCACGGACCUCUUCAUGCUGCAGCUGCGCAAGCUCUCAGAGCAGCAGCUGGAGCAGACCACCGACGACCCGCUAGACGCGCCCGACGGCUCUCCCUUGAAGUUUGACUUUGACCUGGACGACAUGUCGGACAAGGCGUCCUCGGAGCAAGGCGAGGAGGGGGAGCUGGGCGAGCAGGGCAGCAACAAAGCCUCGUCCCCGGGCUCGGGCUCCAGCAUGCCCCUGCCCUCCAUGCUGCUGGAGAGGAAGAUGGAGACGCUGACCCUGGAGUGGAACCGGAGCCCCGACAUGCUGUUCACCAUCCACCCGUCGGACGGCUCCUUCCUGGUGUGGCACGUCAAGUACCUGGACGAGUUCAUCCAGGGCAUCUUCCGACAGGUUCAGGUGUCCUUCUCCUCACGUAUCCCGGUAGCCUUCCCUACAGGAGACGCCAACUCGCUAAGUAAGAACAUCCUGAUGUACUCCUGCACCCUUCCCGAGGGGGACUGCAUCAGCCUGGGAGACCCAGGGAGGAGGCCCCGGCACAUCUCCCACUCAGCCUCGGCUGCCCUGGACUCCCCCACCCUGGGCCCCUUCCUGGCCCCUGGUCCUGGGAUUGGCCCCGCCGUCAUGAUGGUCUCCAAACACGUUGAUGGAUCUCUAAACCAAUGGGGCGUGACCUUCGCUGAGCGCUCGGCCUUCUCCAACGUUCUGACCGUGUCGCACAAGUUCCGCUACUGCGGCCACCGCUUCCACCUGAACGACCAGGCGUGCCACACGGUGCUGCCGCUGCUGCUGACCUCCUCGCACCACAACGCCCUGCUCACCCCUCCCUCUGCCCCCAGCAGCCUGGAGGGGGAGCAGCCGCUAGCCCUGCCCCUGCCCAAGGGCCGCUCCAGGAAGCAGCUUCGCAACGCAGCCACGAGGACUUUCCACGACCCCAACGCCAUCUACAGCGAGCUCAUCCUCUGGAGGGUGGACCACAUCGGGCCCCUGUCCUGCACAGGAGGCGUCUCAGAGCUGGCGCGCAUCAACUCCCUGCACACCUCAGCCUUCAGCAACGUGGCCUGGCUGCCCACACUAGUGCCCAGCUCUGUGCUCGGAAGCUACUGUAACAGUGCCAGCGCCUGCUUUGUGGCAUCAGAUGGCAAAAACCUCCGUCUCUAUCAGGCUGUGGUGGAUGCCCGGAAACUACUGGAUGAGCUCUCAGACCCUGAAACAUCUAACCUUGUGGGGGAAGUGUUUAACAUCGUGAGUCAGCAGUCCACUGCCAGGCCCGGCUGUAUAAUAGAGCUGGACGUCAUCACCAACCAGUGUGGCUCCAACACCCAGCUGCUACACGUGUUCCAGGAGGACUUCAUCCUGGGUUACAAGCCACAGGAAGACCCGGCGGAGCACACGCCUGCCUUCCCCUGUGCUGAGGACUACCACCCUCCACCAUUUUCUGAGAAGUUCUUCCUGGUGGUGAUCGAGAAGGAUCUCAACAGAAACUCUGUCCUCCAGAUGUGGCACCUGCACCUCAAGUCUGUCCAGGCCUGCGUGGAUGAGCCCAGUCCAGACUACAGCUUCCAGAGCCAGCUGAUGGUCCCCCAACAGGCCAUGAAUCCAGACUCCUCCCCAGAGACCUCCCCCAUGACCGCCCUGCCCCGCUCGGCCUCAACGGCCAACCUGCUGACAGCCAGCAAGCUGAUCCUCAGCUCCAAGCUGGUCUACAGCAAGAGGCUGGACCUGCCUCACGGCGUGGAGGUGACUCGGGCCACGCCCUCUGCUGGCCACCUGAGCUCCUCCUCCAUCUACCCGGUGUGCCUGGCCCCCUACCUGAUCGUCACCACCUGCUCCGACUCCCGCGUGCGCUUCUGGCACUGCACGGUGGAGGGCUCCGAGGAGGCCGAGCAGGGCACGCGGGCCUACCGCUGGGCGCCAUGGGCCCUGCUCAACGACGAGGAGGACAGCAACAGCGCCGUGAGCGUGGCGGGACGUCCCGUGGCCGUGGCCUGCUCCUACACGGGCCGGCUGGCCGUGGCCUUCAAGCAGACGCGGCAGGUGCAGCCCAUGGGAUCUGGCGGUGACUUCUCCAUGCACGUGUCUAUCUACGAGUGUGAGUCGACCGGGGGGUCGGAAUGGGUGCUGGAGCAGACCAUCCACCUGGACGACUUCACCCGGCUGUCCUCAACCCUGGACCCCAGGGUCAGCGUGGACUCCAACCUCUUCAUCUACAGCCGGUCGGACCUGUACAUGAGCAGGGACCACAACUCGCCCAACAUCAAGCACUACGUCCACCUGGACUGGCUGUCCAAGGAGGACGGCUCCCACAUCCUGACGGUUGGGGUGGGCUCCAACAUCCUCAUGUACGGCCGCAUUUCGGGCAUGGUCAACGAGCAGGCGGCCAGCAAGGACGGCGUGGCGGUCAUCACCCUGCCCCUAGGGGGCAGCAUCAAGCAGGGCAUCCGCUCGCGCUGGAUCCUGCUCCGCACCGUGGACCUGGCGUCGUCGGUGGACGGCACGCCCUCCCUGCCCGUGUCGCUGUCCUGGGUGAGGGACGGCAUCCUGGUGGUGGGCAUGGACUGCGAGAUGCACGUGUACGCCCAGUGGCGCCAGGACCGCAAGCCCCGGGACGCGGGGGCCGGCGACGGCAGCCUGUCGUCCGCCGACAACAUCGCCGGCCUCGGCGCCACCGCCUCCUCCGCCGCCGGGCUGGAGGGCAGGUCCCGGUCCAAGAGCGUGUUCGAGAGCAGCACGGUGGUGGACGAGGCCCUGCGCGCCCCCGCCGGCCUGCAGGAGGGCGGCCUGUUCGAGGCGGCCCACUCGCUGUCCCCCACGCUGCCGCAGUACCACCCCACUCAGCUGCUGGAGCUCAUGGACCUGGGGAAGGUCCGCCGCGCCAAGGCCAUUCUUUCGCACCUGGUGAAGUGCAUUGCCGGGGAGGUUGCGGUGGUGCGGGACGUGGAGGCGGGGGAGGGCGGGGCCCGGAGGCACCUGUCCAGGACCAUCAGCGUCACGGGCAGCACGGCCAAGGACACCAUUGUGGCGGGGCGCGACGGGGGCAGGGACUACACGGAGAUCAACUCGGUGCCCCCGCUGCCCCUCUACUCCCUGCUGUCGGCCGACCUGGACACCUCCUACAAGGGAGGGGAGGAGGCGGGCAAGGCGCCAGAAGGGGAGGGGGCGCAGAAGAGCGGGGAGGACCAGUAUACAGACCUCUUUCAGGUGCAGGCAGUGACCACUGAUGACUUUGUGAGCUUUGCAACUGAGAAACCGGAGAAGAAGUCACGGGUCAUUAAUCUCUCUCAGUAUGGCCCUACAUACUUUGGGCCUGAACACGCACAGGUGUUAUCAAGCCACCUCAUGCACUCCAGUCUCCCUGGCCUCACCAGACUGGAGCAAAUGUUUCUGGUGGCGCUGGCCGAUACAGUGGCAACAACCAGCGCUGAGGUCACCAGCUCUGCUAACCAACAGUACACCGGGGGCGAGGCCCUGGACGAGUGCGGCCUGCGCUACCUGCUGGCCAUGCGUCUGCACACCUGCCUGCUGACCUCCCUGCCCCCGCUCUACCGCAUGCAGCUGCUCCACCAGGGCCUGUCCACGUGCCACUUUGCCUGGGCCUUCCACUCGGAGGCGGAGGAGGAGAUGCUGAACAUGAUCCCAGCCAUGCAGCGUGGAAACCCUCAGUGGUCGGAGCUCCGGGCCGUAGGCGUGGGGUGGUGGAUACGCAACAUCAACACGCUGCGCAAGAUGGUCGAAAAGGUGGGUAAAGCCGCCUUCCAGAGAAACAAUGACCCAUUGGAUGCUGCUCUGUUCUAUCUGGCCAUGAAGAAGAAAGCUGUCCUCUGGGGCUUGUUCAGGUCGCAGCACGACGAGAAGAUGACUAAGUUUUUCAAGAAUAACUUCACGGAGGACCGCUGGAGGAAGGCAGCCCUGAAGAACGCCUUCUCUCUGCUGGGCAAGCAGCGCUUUGAGCAGUCUGCUGCCUUCUUCCUCCUGGCUGGUUCCCUCAAAGACGCAAUAGAGGUGCUGCUGGAGAAGAUGGAUGACCUGCAGCUGGCCAUGAUCGUGGCCCGGCUGUACGAGGCCGACUUCGAGAGCUCCUCCACCUGCCAGGGCCUGCUCUACGAGAAGGUGCUGGGAUGCAACCGCGACGGCGGCGGCUACCACUGCUCCCGGCUGCACCCGGACCCCUUCCUGCGCAGCAUCGCCUUCUGGAUCAUGAAGGACUACACGCGGGCCCUUGACACGCUUCUAGAGCGCAUACCCAAAGAGGAGGAGGAGAAUCAAGACGUGAUGGUGAAGUCGUGCAACCCAGUGGUGUUCAGCUUCUACAACUACCUCAGGACACACCCGCUCAUCAUCCGCCGCCACUUCGCCUCCCCCGAGGGCGUGGCCGCAACCGUGGAGAAGAGCAGCGUGGACGAGAUCAACCUCAUCGAGCGCAAACUCUUCUUCACCACGGCCAACGCACACUUCAAGGUCGGGUGUCCUGUCCUUGCCCUGGAGGUUCUGUCCAAGAUUCCCAAGGUGACCAAGAAGUCUGGCUCCGCGCCCCUCAGCGACGGCUCCUCCGUGGCCAAUGUGAACUCCUCCAGCCAGCCUGUAGAGAACGGCACCCAGGCAGCGCUGAUGGACUGGGCCGCCCCAAGCGCCCCCGCCCCAGCCUGGGGAGCGGGGGACGGCGCAGGCGGCCUGGACUGGAGCCAACCUCUGGUCCAGAUCGAGGAUGACGGCCUGCAGCUGGACUGGGGCAAGGAAAAGGAUGAGGAUGAAGAUGAUGAUGAUGAUGACGAGGACGGAGGACUCACCAUGAAGAAGCCAGAGGCAGAGACCAAGGCGGAGCCUAUCUCUCAGACGCUGAAGGAGGAGUCCCAGGGGGAGUCCGAGGUGGACGUCAUCGCGGAGCAGCUGAAGUUCCGAGCCUGCCUGAAGAUCCUGAUGACGGAGCUGCGCACGCUGGCCACGGGCUACGAGGUGGACGGAGGCAAACUCCGCUUCCAGCUCUACAACUGGCUGGAGAAGGAGAUCGGCGCCAUGCACAAGAUCUGCAACUACAAGGUGGAGGGGAAGGAGGAGAGGCAGGAGCCAGAGCAAUGGGAGCGCAGCGCGUCCCUGGACCUCCCGGACGACGCCCCCGACGGCACGGAGGCGGGCGCCUAUGAGCGUCUACAGACGGAGCGGCGGCGGCUGCAGGCCAAGCAGCAUCACUCGGAGCGCCGCAAGGCCUGGCUGAGGAAGAACCAGGCCCUGCUCCGCGUCUUCCUCUCCUACUGCAGCCUGCACGGGGCCAAGGGCGGGGGCGUCACCUCCGUACGCAUGGAGCUCAUCUUCCUGCUGCAGGAGAGCCAGCAGGAGACAACGGUGAAACAGCUGCAGUCCCCGCUGCCUCUGCCCACCACGCUGCCCCUGCUUUCAGCCAGCAUCGCCCCCACCAAGACGGUCAUCGCUAACCCCGUGCUCCACCUCAGCAACCACAUCCACGACAUCCUCCACACCAUCACCCACAUGGACACCCCGCCACACCCCAGCGCCGGGGACGACCGGGUGAUUGCUCUGCACACGCUGGCAGCAUCUCUGUCUGCAUGCAUCUACCAAGCCCUCUGUGACAGCCACAGUUACAGCAGCCAGGCUGAGGCCAACCAGUUCACCGGCAUGGUGUACCAGGGCCUACUGCUCAGUGAGCGAAGGAGACUCCGUACAGAGAGCAUCGAGGAGCACCUCACCCCCAGCUCUCUUCCCGCACAGUGGCCAGGCGUGUCCUCCCUGAUCGCGCUGGUGGCGUCGGCCAGGGAGCAGGACCAGCCCCAGCUCAACGUGCUGCUGUGCGAGGCGGUGGUGGCCGUGUACCUGGCCCUGCUCAUCCACGGCCUGGGCACCCACAACGGCAACGAGCUCUUCCGCCUCGCCGCACACCCGCUCAACAACCGCAUGUGGGCCGCCGUCUUCGGGGGCGGGGCCAAAAUCCUCAUCAGGCCAAAGAGGCUUGAGGCGCCACCAGUGCCGGAAGAUUUUCAGGCGGCGGGGCCAGAGGAGCCUCAGGAGACAGGAGGGCCCGAGCAGAGUGGCCCCAGCCUAACCCCUGCUGUCGCCCUGCCCCCUAAGCGGCCCCCGCCCCCCAGACCAAGGGGGCCGGGGCCUAGCGCUGGGGAGGCAGCCUCCAAGGCCAGCUCGGUGCCGGUCCCGGCCCCCCAGGUGGAGGACGGGGACAGACAGAGGCGCAGGUUCAACAUGCGGAUGCUGGUGCCGGGACGUCCCGUCAAGGAGACGCCGGCCACCCCGCCCCCGGUGCCCGUGGAGAGGCCCACCUACAGGGAGAAGUUCAUCCCCCCCGAGCUCAGCAUGUGGGACUUCUUCGUGGCCAAGCCAUUCCUGCCUCUGGCGGACAGCGGCGCUUUGUACGACUCGGACGAGAGCGCGGCAGAGGACGACGAUGACGAUGAUGACGCCUUCCUCUCGGACACACAGAUGACGGAACACUCGGACCCCAACUCCUAUAGCUGGUCUCUGAUUCGUCUGGUCAUGGUCAAACUGUCGCUGCAUAACGUCAAGAACCUCCUCCCACUCACCGGCCUUGACUUCACAGAUCUGCCCGUGACAUCCCCUCUCUGCAACGCCAUGCUCAAGACGUUGGAGAACUGGGAGCAGCUGCUGCUGGAGAGGAUGAACAAGUUUGAGGGCCCCCCUCCAAACUACAUCAACACCUUCCCCACUGACCUCAGUGCUGCAGGGGGGCCCGCCAUUCUCCGACACAAGGCCAUGCUGGAGCCAGAUAACACUCCCUUCAAAACUAAGAAUACUUCGUCCUUCCCGGUCCGGCGCCUCUGGCACUUCCUGGUGAAACAGGAAGUCCUCCAGGAGACUUUGAUUCGUUAUAUCUUCACCAAGAAGAGGAGGCAGUGUGAGUGUGUAGAAAACCACUUGGACCAUCUAAGCAAAAAGUGCCUUGCAGGAGCUAGCAGUCCUCAUAAGGUGGAGGCUGAUCUGGGCUACCCAGGGGGCAAAGCUAAAAUCAUCCACAAGGAGUCCGAUAUCAUCAUGGCCUUUGCCAUCAACAAGGCCAACUCCAAUGAGAUCGUGCUGGCGUCCACGCAUGACGUCCAGGAGGUGGAUGUGUCCACGCUGGUGGCUGCCCAGCCAUUCACUUGGAUAGGAGAGGACUUUGACAAAGAGUCCCGCAGCUCCGACGAUGUGGACUACCGCUCGUCUCACACCAACAUCGCCCAGGCCAGCAGCUCCCCCUUUGCCCCCCAACAGAUUGCCGUGUCCGCCUCCAUGCCCUGGCUGGGCAGCGGGCAGACCAGCAUGGGGGCCAGCGUGAUCAUGAAGAGGAACUUGAACAACGUGAAACGAAUGACCUCACACCCCAUUUAUCAGUAUUACAUGACGGGCGCUCAGGACGGCAGCGUGAGGAUGUUUGAGUGGAACAGACCCCAGCAGCUCAUUUGCUUCAGGCAGGCGGGCAACGCCAGGGUCACCCGCCUCUACUUCAACUCCCAGGGCAACAAGUGUGGCGUCGCAGACGGAGAGGGCUACCUCAGUCUCUGGCAAGUCAACCAGACUUCCUCCAACCCCAAGCCCUACCUGAGUUGGCAGUGCCACACGAAGGCCUGCGGUGACUUUGCCUUCAUCACCUCCUCAAGCCUCAUCGCCACGGCCGGCCAGUCCAACGACAACAAGAACGUGUGCCUGUGGGACACUCUGGUUUCUCCCAGCAACUCCAUGGUCCACGCCUUCCCGUGCCACGAGAACGGCGCCACGGUGCUGCAGUACGCGUCCAAGCACCAGCUGCUGAUCACGGGCGGUCGCAAGGGCUUUGUGUGCGUGUUCGACAUCCGCCAGCGGCAGCUGCUGCACACCUUCCAGGCGCACGACUCGGCCAUCAAGGCCCUGGCCCUGGACGCCUCCGAGGACUUUUUCGUCACCGGCUCCGCCGAGGGCAACAUGAAGGUUUGGAAGAUGGCGGGCCACGGGCUCAUGCACUCCUUCAGCACCGAGCACGCCAAGCAGUCCAUCUUCCGCAACAUCGGCGCCGGGGUCAUGCAGGUGGAGACGCGGCCGAGCAACCGCAUCUUCACCUGCGGCGCCGACGGCACGCUGAAGAUGCGCGUGCUGCCCGACCGCUACAACCUCCCCGGCAGCAUCUACGACGGCCUGUAGCUCUGCAGCCCCCCCCUCCUCCCCCACCCCCCACUAGCU